UCCCCGCUGCUCAGUCUCCAGGUUGCUUUAGGUGGGGACGCUGUGAGCGGCGCGGCUGACUAUGUGUCUGCGCUGCAUGAUCAUUUCUAGUGGUUCAACAUGGGGCGCUUCCUGCGACUAUACCUGGGGUUGCUUCUCUCUUGCAAACUGUACAGGAAAAACGAACAACACAAACGGGAUCUCCGAAGUGAUUCCUUCACGUCAUCGGCUGUGAAUUUUUAGGUGUCUUUCUCGCCGCGGCACUUUCACAGCGAGGGAUUAAGGGGAGCAGUCACAGAGGCGUCUGCUAACAGGUGUUUCCACCCACAGAGCUCCAUUCACCAAACCGACUACUAUGCAUGUGCGCCGCUCUGUAGUUUUAGUAGGAUAAUGCAAACCCACUGACUGAGACUGGGUGUUGGUGUGUCUUCUUUAUUGUAUUAGAAAAAUGAUCCUGUUGGAAGAACAUGCAACGUGCUUUGGUGAAAGUCUUUUCACAUCUUCUUGUGGACCGUCAAAUCUUUCUUUAUCAAACUUCACUUUUCCCUCCGAGAUACACCGGACAACUCCUGAAAAACGCCUGGAUACGUGGAAAAUGAUCCUUUAGGAGGUUAUUCGAAAGAGCUGGCUUUACUUCCCCUCUGGGACUAUUCCAUUUCACUAUUUGGUGCACUUUGCGAAAUCUUCACCUCAAGCAUCAUCGUAGUUGCCUCAGAUUUUCUUUAGCGCUGCGCCUGGACGUUUUCCUGUCAGAAUUCACUUUUCUCUGGAAGUUUUCUUCCCCAGACCGCUGCCAAACUGGCUAUGGCGGCGGCUAUCGCCAGCUCCCUCAUCAGGCAGAAGAGGCAGGCGAGGGAGCGGGAGAAGUCUAAUGCCUGCCGCUGCGUUAGCAGCCCCAGCAAAACCAAAGGAAGCUGUGAGAAACCCAACCGGCUCAACGUCUUCUCACGGGUCAAACUCUUCGGUUCCAAGAAGAGACGACGGAGACGACCAGAGCCCCAGCUAAAGGGGAUCGUUACGAAGCUGUACAGUCGACAAGGCUUCCACCUGCAGCUGCAGGCAGAUGGAACCAUCGAUGGAACAAAGGAGGAGGACAGUGGUUAUAGCAUGUUCAACCUCAUUCCAGUGGGCCUGCGAGUGGUGGCCAUCCAAGGGGUGCAGACCAAGCUCUAUCUAGCAAUGAACAGUGAAGGCUACCUGUACACGUCGGAACACUUCACAGCAGAGUGCAAAUUUAAGGAAUCGGUGUUUGAGAACUACUACGUGACAUACUCCUCCAUGAUCUACCGACAGCAGCAGUCAGGCAGGGGCUGGUACCUCGGUCUGAACAAAGAAGGAGAAAUCAUGAAGGGGAACCAUGUCAAAAAGAACAAGCCAGCAGCCCACUUCCUUCCCAAACCUCUGAAAGUGGCAAUGUACAGGGAGCCAUCUCUCCAUGACUUGACAGAGUUCUCUCGCUCUGGCAGCGGCACACCCACCAAGAGUCGGAGUGCCUCAGCUCUCCUGAACGGAGGCAAAGCCGUGAGCCAGAACGAGUCGACAUAGCCCGGUAGCCAAACCUAGGCCUGGGGCUGAACCAUGAAACCUUACCUCUCACCGAGCGGGAAUCUAAGCAGACUCCGAUCAACGGUUCAGGACUAGCUACGACAAUAAUCCACACAUUAAAACGCCCAGAUAUCAUCAGUAAAAAGUAUUCAUCAAAGCAGCAUCUAGAAUAAGAAACAUAACUCACAAAGAUCACUCUUGACAUACCCAAAAAAAAUGUAUUGUUUGCUAAAUAUUUAUUUAUUAUUCUUAUCGCAUUCUUAUGGUAAUGAGUUUACUCAUCUUUAUCUUUAUCACUUUCCAUCACUUUUUUAGGUCAUGCAAACACCAAUCACUUGUGCAUAUAUCACACAGGGACAGCAAGAUAGAUAUGCAGGUGUUCAGGGCAGCCAGUAAUGAUUGUUGUCCAUAAAGGCUGGGGGACAAUGAAAGCCCUGAUCACCAUCUCAUCCAUGCUUCUGUGAAUACAAAGCCUAUAAAGUCCCUGGCAUGGCUCAGCCUCGUCCUCCUGGCCAGCCGGAUGGUAGCUGUUCUGCGUCCUAAUGCACACGCUCAGAAACUGAGCUCCUUAGCAUGGGAAAAUGAAGCCUAUGUUCCUCUGACCUGAAUAUAUAAGGAGCAACGUGACUCUGCCGUUGUUUAUUCAGUUAUUUAUUUGACUUUUUUCUGUCUGAAAGAUGCCACAAUGCUGAUUUUCUGAAUUAGCCGAGAGUUUUAAUUGUUAACUGGUUUUUGUUGGAAUCUCCUCUUGUUCUCUGCCCAUGUCAUUGUUUUGCAUUUGUAUUUUUCUUUGUUGUUUAGGAUGGGUUUCAGCAAACCAAAGACCGAUUGGAAGAGUGUCCCUUUAAGCUGCUAAAAAAAAAACUAGCCAACAUACAGUAAAGAGAAAAAUGGAUGUUUCUGUUCUCACUGUACAUUUUUGAUGAAGGGAGGUGACGGUUUUAGGGGGAAAACUUAACUUCUUAGCAACCUGACUUGAUGUUGUGCUUUUUGCUGAUAUGCUCAAUGAUGGAAGAAUGGAAUGACUAUUUAGUGUCCACAUUUCCUUCUGUUACCAUUGUGUCACACUGUCUUUCGCUCUCGAAUUCGUGACCUGUUUCUUCUCUUUGUGCUUGUGUCAUACUUCAACCCUCGCUCUGAAAUCCUUCUUUUUUUCUCCACUUCCACUGACUGAUAAAUGUCACCAUAGGAGCAUGGUGGAUGCCCCCACCCUAUCCCAACUAUCCAGGUUGCUUGUUAUGUGUUUGAGUAACUUAUUGUGGUGAUAUUUUUUAUUAAAAAAGGAAUACUGUGGACUUUUAGGAGGCUUAACAUUUUAUAAGAAAUGUCAAAUUUAUAAAACUGAAAAGCAAACAAAAAAGUACAAAAACACACUGCUUCCCUUUCUUGCACAGAACGUGUACACAAAUAUGUACAAAAAGGACCCUUUUUGUGGGCUAUGUACUCUUUCCUUCAGCUACAUAACUUAUUUCUAGUACAUGCUUUCGGGAGACGUUUGUUUCUUGAUUUCCUCUGGAGGUGGUUUGUAUUAGGUGGAUCUAUCUGUUGCAUGGGAGAAAGCAGGGAAAAUACUGGUCUAGAGCUGCAUGAUGUAGGCUAUGUGUAUAAACCCAUGUUGGAUCAUGUGUUCCAAACUAUCAGGCUAAAUCUGAUAAAACAGCAUAUACAGACAGGCACUGCGGCUGUCUGAAAACUUCCAGUUGUUUAUUAUUUGUUGUAUACACAAAAUGCACUGAAUAAAAUGUUUAUAUUAAGAUAUA